GAGCCGCGUGGGGAGGGGGCGGCUUCAUUCCCCGGGGCUGGAGGCGAGGGGGAGCCGGUGUCUGCGCCGCAGAAGCCUGCAGAGCACAGGGGCUGGCGGCUUCCCUGCCGGGCGGAGGAUGACCAAAGCCCCCGGCGGGCUGGAGCAGGAGGACUUUCCAGCUGGGACAGACCAUGAGCCAUGACUUGACUGCCUGGGACAACACGACCGAGAGCACAACGCCACUGGGGAGGCACCUGCCUGAGCCCAAGGGAAAGCCCCUGUGCCGGGCUCCCCUGCACUGCCGGUGGGAGUGCGCCGGCCCCGUGCUCAGUCUGCUCUGCCUGCAGACAGUGCCCAGCGAGGUGAACACGCAAGAUGGGUAUGUGCUGCUCCUCGUGCUGCUCUCCAUCUUCAUUGGAGGGACCCUGGUCCUGCUGUCCGGGAUCCUGAUUAUCUGCCGCCGGUGCUGCGAGACGGACCGCAGGCACUCCAGAGCCAGUGAUGACCCUGAGAAAACCAAUACCACCUACCUGGAUGACUCUCAGCCUCCGCAAGAGAUCACCAUCAAGGUGGACGACCCAGACUGCCUGUCAGCCUCCAGCUACCGGGAUGUGGAGACGGAGCGUUUCCUCUCGUCCAGCUCCUCCACCGGGCGCCGGGUCUCCUUCAACGAGGCCGCGCUCUUCGAGCAGAGCAAGAAGACCCAAGAGAAGGGGAGGAGGUACACGCUGACCGAGGGGGAUUUCCACCAUCUCAAGAACGCCCGGCUGACCCACCUCCACGUCCCGCCGCCCGCCCUCAGGAUCAUCACCAUCCACGAGUGUGAGUCGAGCGAGAACAGCCUGGCCAUGUCGCCCCGCCUGCCCCCACCCAAGCCUGGCCUCGCUAUCUUCCAGCCCCCAGGGGGUGCCCUGCCCCAGACAGCCCUGACCGCCCACGCCAUGUGCCCCAGCUCCGCCCUGCCUGGCGACACCUACAACUCCACCGUGGACACCAGCUUUGCCGAAGCCAGCCCAUCCAUCUCCUCCUCCUCUGGGGAGAGCCCUUCGUUGGAAGGGGCCGCCAGGAGUGCGAAAGGCACCGGAGCGGCCAGCGCCGGACCCGGGGAGCCCCCGCCACCCCCUCCCCAGGGCACCGUGCUGCAGUUCUUCACCCGCCUGCGGCGUCACGCCAGCCUCGAGGGCGCCAGCCCCUACUUCAAGAUCAAGAAGUGGAAGAUUGAGAGCAACCAGCGGGCGUCCAGCCUGGACACCAGAGGCUCACCCAAGCGGCGUCAGUUCCAGAGGCAGCGGGCGGCGAGCGAGAGCAUGGAGCAGGAGGACAGAGACGCCCAUCAGACGGGCAUCAUCCAGUACAUUGCCCGGACAGACGACAUAGCCUUCCGCCCCAUGGCUGGGCCCUUCCUGCCAUCCCCCUCCAGCCCCCCACCCUCUCUCGGCAGGUUAGAGCCAGCAGAGGCGGGCGGGGGCAGCGUCCCCGAGGCGCCCAGCACAGAGCAGCAGACCAUCUACCACGACAUCUGGAGCCUGCGGGCCUCCCUGGAGCUGUAUGCCUCGUCCGAGCAGAGCAACGACCGGGACUCCGUGCGCAGCGACGGGGGCGACAGCGUCUGCUCGGCCGGGGGAGGCUUCCCCGGCUUCCCCUCUUCCCUGGAGGAAGCCGAGGGCCUGGAUGAGCGGCCGUGGGCCCGGCCCAGGCAGGAGAGCGCGGAAGCAGAGCCGGGCACACGCAAGCUGCUGCAGAUGGACAGUGGCUACGCCUCCAUCGAGGCGCCGAGCCGGGCGGGUGAGGACGGGCGCCCCAAGGACCAGACGGCCUCGGAGAAGCGCAUCUGCUUCACCAGCGCUGGGCGCAAGGGCACCAUCUUCGAGAGCUUUGAGGGGCACGAGCCUGAGGAAGAGGAGGAGGAAGAGGGGGCGGUGGGGGGGCCGCUGCCCCACAGCCCCCUGGCCUGGUCCCCCUAUGGGCAGAUGUUCCCAGCCCGGGACGCGCUGCCCCGGCGGGACUACAGCAUCGAUGAGAAGACGGACGCCCUCUUCAACGCCUUUGUCCGUCACGACCCGCAGUUCGACGACUCGCCCCUGCGUGCCAAGCACCGCUCCCGCACCCACCUGCGCAAGCAGUGGCAGCGCUCCAAGCAGUACAGCGACCCCGGCGUGCGCUACCCACCCGCCCUGGAGCGCCACCGGACCCCGCUGCGCCGGGGAGACAGCCUCAACUACCCCCCGGACAGCCGCUACCACGGCACCCUGCCCCGCAUCAUCAGCACCGAGGAGGCGGGCGAGGCUGGGGACGGCUCCGCCAUGGCCGACGCCGACGCCAAGAUCCAGGUGAUAGAGGAGGAGCCGUCCGAACUGGCUGGGGACCCCAAGCUGGCUUCCGAUCCCUACGACGAAGACUGCCCUGGCAAUGGCCAGGGCCUGGGCUGCGUCCCCCAGUCCCUAGGGGCUGAGCUGAUGGACAAGAUCAUGGGGGGCCUCGGGGACAGGCUGUACGGGAACUUGAGAAAAUCGAGAGAGAGUCCGGAGUGUCUGGUGGCCGUGGCCUCUCCCGACCACAGCCCUGUCUAGGGGACAGGGGAGCAGACCAAGCUCGCUCAUCCACUGAGUCAGGCUUCAGGGCUACAACCCCUUCCACAGCUGGCACUGCCACCACGUUCAGGGCGUUCAAAGGGUGGCGGGGGGGGGGGUACGGAUCUGCCUGUACAGACGUGCCCCAUGCGAGGGGAUCGGGCUCUGCCUGGACGUUCCCGUCACCUUAGAAUGGUCCAGGGCGGGGGCAGGCUCAGCCCACCCCGUUUGAGUCUGGAGUGGGGGGUCCACUUGGAUGUACCCACUGCAUUCAAGGGCUUUGAAGGGCACAGAUCUGUGCAGAGGUACCCACCAUGUGGGUGGGAUCCUGGGGGGCACAGAUCCACCCAGAUGUACCUGCCCCAGGGUCGUGGGGGGGCACAGAUCCACCCAGACACACUUGCAGUGUGGGUGGGUUCCAGGGGGCACAGAUCCUCCCAGACCCACCUGCCCCAAGGGUGGGGGAAUCCCCGGUGAAGCAGCCCCUACCCCCAGGCAGGCCUGGCAGCCGGAAGGGGUUGUUACGGAGGCGAAGAAUGUUUGCCAAAGCAGGCGACUCUUGCACGGCCAGCAGGUUGGUUUUAAGGAACCUGUACUAAUAACCCCCAAACUCUUACCUCACGCCGUAGAGCUGUGUAGCACAUAUGACCCCCCCCCAAUCCUGGGUCACGGCCCCCUCCCCUGCACACCCCACGCCCCCCACCCUCCUCUCUCUCUCUCUGAUUUUUUACAAGCAAUAACGUCUCUGUCCGGAAUCGUCCUCGCAAAGAAGGGACUGGGGCUGGGAUCGGCGGUGCUGGGAGUGGAGGGGAAGGGGACAUGGGCCGAGCCAGCCCUGGGCUGGCGGCCUUCCCCUCCUUUUGAUUUUGUCCACACUGAAGGAGGAGGAGGGCAGCUCUGAAAUUGCUCGUGGAGGGAGGAGUCGGUGGGGGCAGCAAAGCAUGGGCGGGGGAGAUUGAGGGCUGGAAAGGUGCUGCCCCCCUGUGCCAGUCACUUCCCUCCUCCCACUCUGGGGAAACCUCGACCCAGGGCAGGGCUCUUGGGCUCUAAGCUGGAUGCUCUGGUGCUAGGACCUACGGGAAAGGAGGUACAGGGAGCAGCUGGAGAGGGGGCCCAGGGGGCGAUGGUCCAUAGGGAGGAAGGGGAGGGGGUGAAGCUGAGGCUUCCAAUCGGACAGGCCCUUCAGCAACUGCUGCUAGAAAAAUCUCACUCUCCAGGUGCCAAAUUGAGGGUGGGACAGACACCCAUACAGUGCCAUGAGGGGGCAGGAACUAGAGCCUAUCCCAGAUGUCACUGCUUCCUGGGGGGUUGGGGGGGUGCUUGUUUCCCAUUCCCCCAAAAACUAACCGGCUCCUCCUCCCUAUAUUACUGGGUCUAAAUGGGAGAAGGGCCUGGAGCUAGCAUGCCGGGGGGGGGGGGGGGGCCAAGGGGAGUCAGAUCUCCUAACUUCCCUUCUGCCCCCAGCAACCUUAUACCUGGAAAGCCAACCCCCCCCCCUUGAACUGCUCCCCCCUAUUCUCCCCCAGGGAGCAAAGCAAUGGGCUUUAUUUAUUAUUUAUUGAUUUUUAUAGAACUGGAUGGAUUUGCUGCUCCACAGGGGGGCGGGUUCAGCUUUUUAUUGGGUUUCGUUCAUGUCUCAAAGGAUGAGAAGCAAAAAGCUUUAUUAUCCCUAAGACUCGGUCAGCGCAGGGGAAGGUGUGGGGGGGAGGAGACGCCAGCCACAUGUGUAUCCCCCUCACACACCUUGGUGCUCUCGUCACCCCCGUUCCCGGCUGCGCUUCGACAUUUGCAUGCGAUCGAAGAGGCCGGGUCGUUCCUCUGCAGAGUCUGUCCAAAGCACUAACAUGAAACCACAACUCAGCCUUUUUAAACCUAUAAAGAAAGACCAAGUGUCGAGAGUUUGCCGCGCUUUGUUAUUGCCUAAGUGCCUUCCUCCAGCCCCCCAGACACGGCCAGCCCCGGCCCCUCGGUGGGCCAUUGUAAAUGACAUGGCCCAUGCUCCAGUGGCCUCCUGGGCAGCAUGAGGGGCACCAGACGGGCUCCCAGGGCAGGGAGCUGAUGGCAGAGGCAUUCGAGCUACGACUAAAGAGCCAGGUUUUGACAGGAAGGAGGGUGAGUCUUGCCUGGGGUGACUUCCCCAGGGCUGGGGCCCCUGGAACUUUCCAGCCUGGGGGGUCCAUUUGCUCUUGCUGUCAUUUACCCCACUACCAAGUGGGGGCUGUUCUGCUCAGGGGUGAACGAUGGCACAGCAACCCUGGCCCCUUAAACCCAAGGGGAGGGCUCCUUCCGCAAGACCCAUUUUAGCACAAUCCCAAAUUCCUGGGCCGGAAGCAGGGCUCUGGCCUAUGCUCUGGGGUUCAGACUCGAGCAGCCCAGGCCCUUCCAGCCGGCAGAAACUCGGGUGUGCACAUCCCCUCUCCCCUGCGACCCCUUCCAGAGCAGAACACACCAGCAUCAGAGCAAUCCCUGCAAGGGGGGCCUGGACGCACAAGGCCUCUAUAGGGGCUGAACCUGCCUUUCUAAGGCCGACCCAUCCUAGCAGAGCCCGGUUUGACUGU